AAGAAACGAAAGAGAAAGUGGCAAAGUGGCAAGGCCACAGUUCCAUCGAUUUGUGCUGCAGAGUCGCCGUUGUGGCGAAGAUUUGCGAAGAUUUGUGGCGAAGAUUUGCACACCCGAUGCUCCUGCAGAAUGCGUCGUUGUGGAAAUCAGGAAGCAAUUGGUUCUCACCGUGCGUGCGCUCGUUGGCACCUCGUCGAAAUUCCGUCGUCAUGGCCAGCGCUGAUCAACCUGCGCCCCAACCGAUUCAGCCUGUUCCCGGCAUGAAGCUGCUCUUCGUGGAGAUGGGCACGGGCUACGAUCAACAUGGGCAAAACAUCACGACGGCAGCAAUGCGGGCUUGCAAGAACGCCAUCAGCUCAAACUCCAUACCUGCGUUUCGCACGGGAGCACUUCCUGGAGUGGGCUAUCAAGAGAUGAAGCUGAAGUUGAAACUAGGCGUGCCUCACUCUGUACAACAUGAACUUGAUCUGGAACAAGUGAAGUCAGUGUUUCCAUAUGGGGAAAUUUUAAAUAUUGAUGUCGUAGAUGGUGGUCUCAUCUGUUCGAGCGGAGUGGCCUUAGAAGCGAUGGGAGACAAGAAUGACGACUGCUAUAUCGUUAAUGCUGCUAUAUACAUUGGAUAUUAGCAGAUUCGAACUUCUAAUUCUUUCAAUAAGAGAAGUGGCAUUGUGCUUUCUUCAAAGAAGAUGUGUUGCUCAUAUAGACCUGGUUUCGUACUUUAGUUCACCCUCUAUCUUUCAAGACAAGUUAUUCCAGAUGGGGUAACAAACCAUUUCUGCGAUUCAGGUUUAUAUUUCUGGUUGGAGUACGUUUCGGUGAACAAUUUGACCCUCGUUUUGCAACAUAUCACACAUCUUAUGGUGUACUAUCAUAUCAACCACUCAGCUUUUCUGGAGUCACAAAGUUCUCAGGAACGUACAAUGGACAAUGGGGUUUCACUUUGAUUCACACCCGGAUUGAAUGUCAUUGACCAGUGUAAGGCAGAGUAUCUCCCUGAUAUUACCUGCCUGUAUAGCUUUGAUCCAUUUGAAGUCGGGCUCUUUGGUUGUGACGUGAAACAAAUAAGGAGCAAAUACCAAGCGUCACACUUAGCCGGGGUGAUAUUUCUCACACGCCUAUGGCAGUGCUGGACUAGAAUAGGGACAGGAUGAAAACAUGUUCAUCAAGAUCAUCGGAGCUCUUUUAUUUGGAUGUAAUGUACAACAGACUAGAAGACAUGUUGUCUUCGUUCUACUAUGCCUGAUGUAAUAAAUGUUCAUGAGACAAGAGGCAGGUUACAAGC